AUGAUCAUCUGUACUUGGAAUAUAAGGGCUCUAAAUGACCCUAUUAAAACAAGGAAGCUGAAAUCUUUCUUAUUAGAGAAUAAUGUUGAUGUUAUAGGUGCGUUGGAGACAAGGGUUAAGAAGAACAAUGCUGAUAAGAUAAGACAAAAACUAGGCAAUUGCUGGAGUUGGGUUUGUAAUUCUAGCUGUAAUCCUAGAGAUAGAGUGUGGUUAGGCUGGAGAAUGAUGAAUGUUACUGUAAAAAUUCUGGAUGUUCAUGAGCAGUUCAUUCAUGGUGAAAUUUUAGAUAAUAGAGGGAGGUUUGUGUGUUAUUUUACUACAGUUUAUGGUCUGCAUACUGUAGAAACUAGGAAACCUUUAUGGGCUUCUCUUGCUGGUAUUGCUGCCACAGUUAGUCAUGCUCCUUGGUUGAUUCAAGGAGAUUUUAAUGCUGUUUUGGGCUGUCAAGACAGAAUGAAUGGGGUGGAUGUUAGUAGAUAUGAAACACAAGAUUUUUCUGAUUUCUUGUUCCAAACUGGUGUUGGGGAAUUAAGAAGUACAGGGCAUUAUUUCUCUUGGAGCAAUAAGGGGUUAGGAGAUGCUAGAGUGGUUAGUAGGAUUGAUAGGGCCUUGGGUAAUAGCUGUUGGAUGAUGCAGUAUGGUCAUUUGGCAGUUGAUUACUUAAAUUGUUCUAUUUCAGACCAUUCUCCUUUACUGCUUAAAGUUGGUAGUGAUCAACAGAGUGGAGGUAGACCUUUCAGAUUUUUCAAUUACCUAGCUCAACAUUCACAAUUUGAGAAACUGGUGCAGCAAGAUUGGUCAAAGCCUAUUCAGGGUAACCCUCUCAGUAGAAUAUGGUUUAAGUUAAAGAGACUUAAACUACAACUCAAACAUUUGCAUAAGGAGGAAUUUACAGGUAUUGAAUCCAGAAUUCAACAAUCUCAGCAAGAGCUGGAUCAUGUUCAAGGGCAAUUACAAGUGGAUUCUGCUGAUUUAUUGCUGCAAGUGGAGGAAAAAAGACUAACUGAUAAGCUUAGAAAAUGGUUGUCAGUUGAGGAGUCUGCUUUAAAACAGAAGUCCAGAAUUUUAUGGCUCUCUAAUGGUGACUCUAACACCAAAUUUUUUUUGCUUCUGUGA